AUGGUAGUGGAUGCUUUGAGUAAAAAGACUGUGGUAGCAUUAUUAUCUCUCCGAGCAAAAGUAAGUAUGUCUGGUAAUGGAUCAUUACUGGCAGAAUUAAUUGUGAAGUCAACCUUUCUUUCUCAAAUACUAGAAGAGCAUAUGAAAGAUGUUCAGUGUGCUUUGUUGAAAAAGCAAAUGAUAUCUGGAAAAGCAGUAAAUUUUAGUCUGGGUAAACAUGGUGAGUUGCGAUUCACGGGAAGAAUAUUUGUACCAGUUGAGAAUGAUUUGAGGAGAGAGUUUCUAAGAGAAGCUCCUCAGGGACCUUUUUCACUCUAUCCUGAGAGUAUCAAAAUGUACCUCCCCGCUUUAGAUUGGGAACCAAGAUUGUAG